AAUGGGCUUAGUUCUUUGUCCCUUGCAGCUUUCUUUACCAAGACCCUUUCCUACCACUCUCCUUGGAAGACAUCCAGCGCCAUGGCCCCCAAGAAGCCUGAACCCAAGAAGGAGGAACCCAAGCCAACCCCUCCCCCGGCACCAGUGGCACCCAAGGAGCCAGAGUUUGACCCAAAGAGCAUCACUAUUGAAUACAAUGGUGAGCAGAUUGAGGACUUCAAGGAGGCUUUCAUGCUGUUUGACCGAACCCCCACUGGAGAGAAUAAAAUCUCCUACGCUCAGUGCGGAGAGGUCAUGCGCGCUCUCGGACAGAACCCCACCAACGCCGAGGUCAUGAAAGUGCUCGGCAAACCCAAAGCAGAAGAGAUGAACGUGAAGAUGAUGGAUUUUGAGACCUUCCUCCCCCUACUGCAGCACGUCUCAAAGUCCAAGGACCGGGGGACACUGGAGGACUUCAUUGAGGGUCUCAGAGUCUUUGACAAGGAGGGCAACGGCACCGUCAUGGGCGCUGAGCUCCGCCACGUCCUCGCCACACUUGGCGAGAAAAUGUCAGAAAAUGAAGUGGAACUACUGAUGGCUGGUCAUGAAGAUGCCAAUGGUUGCAUUAACUACGAAGCUUUUGUCAAACACAUCAUGUCUGGUUGAAACUACACUUGCAAAGAACUUGAAGAGAGAACCAUCUAAAACCCAAACUUCAAUGAAAGUUCACAUUUCCCAAGACCUGAAACAUUUACUUACAAAACCUGCAAACAAAGCUGGUAAUGAGAUCAGCAGUAUAGCACACCCUGCACCCUGUGCGCAGCAUUUUUUGAGUAAAAAGAUUUGUAUAAAAGAAAAUAUAUAUAUUG